CCACCAAGAGCCCAGAGCUUUCCAGGGGGCUUUGGACUCGUCACUGGGGUGGGCAGGUGCGAGCCUGAACCCCCGCGCUCACGAGCUCACCGCGCGGCGCAUCGCACCCUGCGGCCGCAGCUGGUGUCCACGGCCUCCUGCUGCUGCGCUGCGGUUCGGAUCCAGCUGGCUGGCUCUGCGAGUCAAGUGGCCUGCAGCCGGAGGGCCUCUGAGGGUGCGCACAGUGGGGUGACAGGCAGCCUUGCUGAAGAAAAAGUGCACCCGUGCCUGAGGUGGGAGGAUGUGACGCUGCUGUGCCCCCGCGCAGUGGGAACUUGGGCCUUUAAAAGGCCGAGGAAACAGCCUCUGAGCAAGCAGUGGCUGCACUGGAGGAACGCACACCCAGGUCUCACAUUAAAGAAGUCAAACUGUCUGCUUCAAAGAGAAAAGGCAACAUCCUGUCACAGGCCAUGCUCUGGCAAAAACCCACAGCUCCAGAACAAGCCCCAGCCCCGCCCCGGCCAUACCAGGGCGUCCGUGUGAAGGAGCCGGUGAAGGAACUGCUCAGGAGGAAGCGUGGCCAUGCCAGUGGCGGGGCAGGGGUCACAUCUACUGCGGUGGUGUUGCCACAUCAGCCCCUGGCGACCUACACCACAGUGGGUCCUUCCUGCCUUGACAUGGAGGUCUCUGCAUCCACAGUAUCAGAGGAGGGGGCUCUGUGUGCUGGCUGGCUUUCCCAACCCGCCCCAGCCACCCUCCAGCCCCUGGCCCCAUGGACGCCCUACACUGAGUAUGUGUCCCAUGAGGCUGUCAGCUGCCCCUACUCAGCUGACAUGUAUGUGCAGCCCAUGUGCCCCAGCUACACAGUAGUGGGGCCCUCUUCCGUGCUGACUUACGCCUCCCAGCCGCUCAUCACUAAUGUCACGACGAGAGCUGCCGCCACACCAACAGUGGGGCCACAGCUGGAGGGGCCCGAGCACCAGGCGCCCCUGACCUAUUUCCCAUGGCCUCAGCCCCUGUCCACGCUGCCCACCUCCACCCUUCAGUACCAGCCUCCAGCCCCAGCCCUGCCCGGGCCCCAGUUUGUCCAGCUCCCCAUCUCCAUCCCCGAGCCAGCCCUUCAGGACAUGGAAGACCCCAGGAGACCCGUCAGCUCCCUGACCAUCGACAAGCUCCUUUUGGAGGAGGAGGAUAACGACGGCUACACGCUCAACAACCCGCUGUCUGUGGAAGGCUUUUAGGGCUGGCUCCCACCUGAGAAUCCUGUCCCUGAAACUGGGAUUUUAAAUUGAGCCUGGAAUUCAUCCUCAGAUUCAUAUUUGUUUGGAGUAGUCAUUUCAU